AUGGUGGCCUCGGCACGCUUCUCGCGCGCGCUAGUCAACCCGACGAUCGCAAGCAUGCGCUCGCAUGGCUUGCACACGUCGCGCAUGGUUCGUGCUAGCCAUGCGCCGAUGUCCGCAGAGCAGACAGCAGAGUACCCUCAGCAAGGCUUCAGCUCGCGUAUGUGGGGCUUCAUCCUUUUUGCUGGCGUGGCUGGCUUCGUUGGUAUGCGUGUAUCUUCGGCCAACAAGGCCAAGCAGGGCUCGUCGGAUGCGAAGCCGUACUUGACGGAGCUGAUUGAGUCGCUCCAAACCUCGGCGGACCAGGUCCGCGAGGAGAACAAGAAGCACUUGGACUUCUCGAUCCAGCGCGCCGAAUCACAGAUGCUGAUGCAGGAUGCUCAGAAGCCUUCGGCGCACCGCUUCAAGUUCCCAGCUGCAUUUGACCAGUACCCGCAGCGUGGUGUUCCUGUGGGCUCUAUGGUCGACACAUCGAACUUGGAGGUGAACAAGGAGCGCGUGUAA